AUGCCGGACAUCGAAGCAUGCCGCACGGUUGACAUGAUGCAUUCGAGCGCCCAUGUAUAUAAGAGCAACACUUCAUGCACUGCAGUACAGACCUCCGUCAAAACUGCGCUAGCCGAAUCUCUCGCACAUGGCGAGUUUGCCGACGUCCGGCUCUUCGUCUUCUCGCGUCGCCUGCGCUCCGGUAAGGUGUGCGCACCGAGAGCGUUGUAUGCCAACAGCGCCAUACUGAAGGCUGCCUCACCGUUCUUCGCUGGAAUGCUCGCUGGCGGAUUUUCAGAGAGCGACAUCGCAGGAAUCGACACUGGAUUCCCGGCCAAUCAGCGGUCUGUCAUAGAUGCCGAUCCAUUCGCAGAAGAAGACAGCGAUUACGAAGAGGGGGAGGAUGAUGAAUACAGAAAGGAUAAUUCUACAAUCGCCCGUGAUGCGUGCGAUGAAGUAGAAUCGUCUGGAUUGACUUUGAACUCAACUCAUGUACCACAGGAUACCCCUGCUUCUCUUGUCUCCCCGGCUGUCAUCAAGCAAUCAGGAGGCCAACCGCUUCGUACAAUUAUCAUUAAGGAUACAGCACUCGCAACCUUGCAAUGGCUCGUCUAUUACCUGUACACGGGCGAGAUAGCAUUCUCGCCCCUCCACUCGCAAGGAGCUGAGUGCUGGGCUGUCGAACGCGAGAGGUACCAAAUCGAGCAUCCGAAGUGCCCGCCGCCGUGCUCGCCCAAGUCCAUGUAUCGUCUGGCUGAUAUGCUUGGAAUGGAUGGGUUGAAACUUCUCGCGAUAGAGGAUGUGCGAUCAAAGCUAUCCGCAGAGAACAUCCUGGACGAGCUCUUCUCGCCGUUCUCAUCGUGGUAUCCCGAGAUCCUGCAGGCCGAGGUGAAAUUUUUCUCGUCGAACCGCAUGGAUCUAAAGAUCAUCCCGAAAAUGCGGAAGAAGCUUGCGGCUAUCGCUAUUCAGCCUGUGCCGCAUGCCGCAGUUGCUCUGGCGUCUCUCUUUGAGGCUUGCAUAUCCGAGCCCGAGGGUGCCGCCAAGACAGUGACAUCAUCCGUAGCAGACAUGGACAAGGAUCGAGUUGCUCCUGCGGAGAGCGCACCUAUAGUUAUCAGGAGACUCCCUCGAAAAUAUUAG